ACACCCCACCUCUCUCUUCAUCUAUCUCUUUCUCUCUUCCUUUCUUAGUCCGUCUGUCUGCGUUGUUUCUUUCUUCUACCGUUUCUGUUUAUGCACCUCCUCUCUUCAUUAUCCAAUCUCUCCACCCUACCCUUCCUUCACUCUUGCAGGUUUUUAUUCAUAUAUUUCCUUCUUCUCCUCCUUCUUGUGCUACCAUCUAACUUUGUGCAACUUUUCAUUGGUGAAUGAAGUUUCAGAAAGUUAAUUAUAUUAUUUUAGCCAUGGAAGUAUUGCAAAAUUUUGUAUUAUAACUGAUUGACACAGUACAUGUGUUGAUAUAUACAUAUGUAUGUACUAAUCUUGGUGUAUUGGGAUGUAUUAGUUUAAGGAUUUAGAUUGAGCAAAGGUCGAGAAUGGCGCCUAAAACCAGUCGCGGAAAGGCGAAAGGAGAGAAGAAGAAGAAAGAAGAGAAGGUUCUUCCGGUUGUCAUAGACAUUACAGUAAACCUUCCCGACGAAACCCCGGUUCUUUUGAAGGGAAUAUCAACGGAUAGGAUUAUUGAUGUGUGUCGACUCCUCUCGGUCAACACUGAAACUUGCCAUAUCACUAGUUUUUCAUUAUUGCACGAGGUGAGAGGGCAACGGUUAAAAGACACGGUGGACGUCUCCGCACUGAAGCCAUCCGCCGUCUCAUUAACGGAAGAGGAUUACGAUGAAGAACGCGCGGUGGCGCACGUACGACGGCUUCUGGACAUUGUCGCCUGCACCACUUGCUUUGGGCCGGCAGGGACGACGAAGGACGCCUCGAAGUCCGACGCCUCCAAGAAUGUGCCGGCUUCGCAGGACAAGAGCGCCAAGAAGAUUCCCGCCAAAUCUCCACCCGCCACCGCCUUUACUACAAUUACAAAACAAUCGAACUCGAAGGAUGUGGCCGUGGAGGGAGGCGGAGAUAUGAGCGAAUCCUUUCCGAAGUUUGGUAGUUUCUACGAGUUCUUCUCUCUCUCCCAUCUGACUCCUCCUCUUCAAUUUAUAAGGAGGGCGACGAAACGGCGAGUGGACGAGAUUUCAGCUGAGGAUCAUCUUUUCUCUCUUGAAGUAAAACUUUGCAAUGGAAAGCUGGUUCAUGUUGAAGCUUGCAGAAAGGGAUUUCUUAGCGUCGGAAAGCAGCGGAUUCUUUGUCAUAACCUUGUUGAUUUGUUACGCCAGCUCAGUAGAGCCUUUGACAAUGCUUAUGAUGAUCUCAUGAAAGCAUUCUCAGAACGCAACAAGUUUGGCAAUCUGCCUUAUGGCUUUAGAGCCAACACAUGGCUUGUCCCUCCUGUUGCAGCGCAGUCACCAUCAACAUUCCCUUCUCUGCCUAUGGAGGAUGAAACCUGGGGUGGAAAUGGAGGUGGUCUAGGAAGAGAUGGUAAAAGUGAUUUGAUACCCUGGUCUAAUGAACUACAAUUUAUUGCUUCUAUGCCUUGCAAGACGACAGAGGAGAGACAAGUUCGAGACAGGAAAGCUUUCCUUCUUCACAGUUUGUUUGUUGACGUUGCCAUCUUCAGAGCUGUCAAGGCUGUUCAGCAUGUAAUGGGAAAAUCAGAUUUGAUUUGUUCGGUUGCCAACGGCGAAACUCUUCACACAGAGAGAGUUGGGGACUUGAUCAUCGUGGUCAUGAAAGAUGCUUCAAAUGCAAGCAAUAAAUCAUAUACUAAAAUUGAUGGCAUCCAAGCAAUUGGACUGGACAAAAAAAAUCUGGCAGAACGAAAUCUGCUGAAAGGGAUCACUGCGGACGAAAAUACUGCAGCCCAUGAUAUUGCUACACUUGGUUUUGUCUACGUAAGAUACUGUGGUUACAUUGCUUCUGUGAAAGUUGGGCAAGAGAACACAAAAGUUGAUUCCUUGUAUCGGAGCAUUGAUCUUGAACAGCCUGAAGGCGGUGCCAAUGCCCUUAACAUUAACAGUUUAAGACGACUGCUUCACAACGUGACAACUUCGGAACAAGCUAAACCAUCAUCACAUUGCCAGUUUUUGGAACAUGAAGAUGACAAUACUCCCCAGGCUUUUGUUGAAAGAGUGCUGGAAGAAAACAUAGCCAAUCUUGAAAAAGAGGAGCCAGAAAGAGAGCGAUUUGUCAGAUGGGAACUUGGAGCCUGUUGGAUACAACAUUUGCAAGACCAGAAUAACGCAGAUAAAGAUAAGAAAUCAUCUGCACAGAAGGCUAAGAAAUCAACCGCAGAGAAAGAGAUGAAAGUUAAGGGGCUUGGGACACCACUGAAGUCCCUCAAGAACGACAAGAGGCUUGAUGCAAGCAAUAUGAAAAUGCAGUCUGAAAGCCCAGGAACCAAUGUGGAUGGUGUUAUUGGGGAAGUUGAAGAUGCUUCUUCAGAAUCACAAUCUGAUACCAAUGCGAAUGACAAUGAGCUUGUACUCAAGAGGUUGUUAUCUGAUGCAGCCUUUUCUCGACUAAAAGAAUCGAAAACAGGACUUCAUUGCAAGUCUAUACAAGAACUAGUCGAAUUGUCUCAAAAGUAUUACACUGAAGUUGCUCUUCCAAAACUGGUAGCAGACUUUGGUUCGUUGGAACUGUCACCAGUUGAUGGGCGAACUCUAACUGAUUUCAUGCAUACUAGAGGCCUUCGGAUGCAUUCCUUGGGACAUGUUGUCAAGCUUUCAGAUAAGCUAUCACACGUACAAUCACUAUGUAUACAUGAGAUGAUAGUACGAGCCUUUAAACACAUUCUUCGGGCAGUGAUUGCUGCUGUUGUGAACCCCGAUGAGAUGGCAAUGUCAAUAGUUGCUGCAUUGAACUUGAUGCUUGGAGUUCCUAACAACAGCAAAUUAGACAAGUCUUUCUAUGUGCAUUCCCUUGUGUGGAGAUGGCUGGAGGUAUUCUUGAGAAAGCGAUAUGAAUGGGAUCUUAGCAUCUUUAACUACAAAGAUGUGAGAAAAUUUGCAAUUCUACGUGGCUUAUGUCAUAAGAUGGGUAUUGAGUUGGUUCCACGGGAUUUUGCUAUGGAUUCUCCGCAUCCAUUUCAUAAAUCAGAUGUUGUCAGCCUGGUCCCAGUGCACAAGCAAGCCGCAUGCUCAUCUGCAGAUGGAAGACAACUCCUGGAAUCAUCAAAAACAGCGUUAGAUAAGGGGAAACUAGAAGAUGCAGUCACUUAUGGAACGAAGGCUCUUGCUAAGCUGGUUGCAGUUUGUGGCCCCUACCAUCGAAUGACAGCAGGAGCGUAUAGCCUCCUUGCUGUAGUUUUGUAUCACACUGGUGACUUCAAUCAGGCCACUAUAUAUCAACAAAAAGCCUUGGAUAUCAAUGAGAGAGAGUUAGGACUCGAUCAUCCUGAUACAAUGAAAAGUUAUGGUGAUCUUGCUGUAUUUUAUUACAGACUUCAACAUACGGAGCUGGCUCUCAAGUAUGUUAAGCGUGCUUUGUAUCUAUUACAUCUCACAUGUGGCCCAUCUCAUCCAAACACUGCUGCGACAUACAUAAAUGUUGCUAUGAUGGAGGAAGGCCUGGGGAAUGUGCACGUUGCCCUCAGAUAUCUCCAUAAAGCUCUGAAGUGUAACCAAAGGCUACUUGGUCCGGAUCACAUUCAGACAGCAGCAAGCUACCAUGCAAUAGCAAUUGCUCUCUCAUUGAUGGAAGCAUACUCUCUAAGUGUUCAGCAUGAACAGACAACCCUGCAAAUCCUCCGAGCAAAGCUAGGCCCUGAUGAUUUGCGCACACAGGAUGCUGCUGCUUGGCUCGAGUAUUUUGAGUCCAAGGCGUUUGAACAACAAGAAGCUGCAAGAAAUGGCACUCGGAAGCCUGAUGCAUCCAUAGCCAGCAAAGGCCAUCUGAGUGUCUCGGAUUUGCUUGACUACAUAAAUCCAAGCCAUGAUGCCAAAGGUAGAGAUGCUGUGGCAGUAAAAAGGAAAAACUAUAUUACAAAGGUGAAAGGGAAAUCCUUCCAAGAUGUUGAUUUAGCACAUUCAGAUGAUACUGUGAAAGGAAACUCCAAAAAUGUGUCCGAGGAAGAGAGAGAUACACUUGACAUGGGAAGUAAGUCAGAUGCUGACCAGGUGAUCGUCUCUACCCCAGUUCAGUUACAGCAGCCUGUUGUGGAGGAAACUGUUGAGGAAAGGGAAAUUAUUCCCAAGGAGGCCUUUUCUGAAACACAUAUUGAAGGAGACGAUGGAUGGCAACCAGUUCAGAGGCCUAGAUCAGCUGGAUCAUACGGUCGACGUGUAAAGCAGCGGCGAGCAACCAUUGGCAAGGUUUAUAGUUAUCAUAAAAGAAUUGUUGAUGCUGACAUGGACCAUCCUCCUAUCAAAUAUAUGCACCAGAAUAGCAGGUAUUACAUUUUGAAGAAAAGGACGAUUGCCCAUGGAAGUUAUGCAGAACACCAUACUGCAAAUCCCUCUCUAGGUUCCAAAUUUGGGCGGAGAAUAGUCAAAGCUGUAACUUACCGGGUUAAGUCUGUACCUUCAUCUAAUAAUAAGACUGAUACACAAGAGGCGUCCAGAAACGAUGGCAAGAUUCCCGGUUCUUCAUUAGAGUCUUCUUCAGUUUGCAGUCCAAAUGAUUUCUGUCCAGCAAAAUCUUCAAUUGUUACUCUUGGAAAAUCUCCUUCUUACAAGGAGGUAGCUUUGGCCCCACCAGGCACUAUUGCUAAAUUGCAGUUUGGCUUUUCUCAAAGUGACAUUCCAGAUAGUCAGGAAGUUCCUGCCGAGAAAUGGGAAGAAGAAAAACAAAAUCCCAACCCAGUGGGAGUAGAAGAUAUGUCUCAAAAGCAGUGUGAGGAUAUGCCUAGUCCGGAAAAUAAUUUAAAAGGAGACAUUAUAGUCACUGAAAAGAAAGAAAAAACUGAAUCAACUGAUGAAAUAGAAGAUAAUUCUUCGGUUGUGGUCUCUGAGAUUGUGAAAGAAUUUGAGUCUGGUAUUAUUGAGAUUCCUAAAGUCAUCCAGGAUUGUAUAUCAAUUGAUGGCAUCCCAAAUUCUAUUGAUACUCCCAUAAAGGAACUCUGUGAGAAGGUUUCAUCUGGAAGCAUUGAAAUUCAUGGUGAUUCAAACUCCAGUUUGCCAGGAGAAGAGAAUUUGAAGGACAAACCGUCAGUUCCAUACAUGGGGGAUACUCGAGGAUUUGUCAAUAAGAAGUUGUCUGCUUCUGCAGCUCCAUUCAACCCAUCACCGGCCAUUGCACGAUCUGCGCCAGUUAUGAUGAGCAUUGCAAUUCCUUCUGGUCCUAACGCCGUUCAGGCUGUGAGACCUUGGCCAGUAAAUAUGACUCUUCAUCCGGGGCCUGCUCCUGUUUUACCUGCACUUAAUCCAAUGUCCCCCCAGCACCUGUACCCAUCACCACCUCCGACCCCUAGCCUGAUACAGUCGUUGCCCUUUAUUUACCCUACAUAUACCCAACCUCAAGCAGUGCCGACCAGUACUUAUCCUGUUACUAGCAGUGCUUUUCAUCCCAAUCAUUUCCCUUGGCAGUGCAAUGUGAAUCCGAGUACAUCAGAGUUUAUACCAAGCACACCUUGGCCUGGAUGCCAUCCAACGGAGUUCUCAAUCCCGCCUCCUGUUGUCAGGCCAUUUGCUGAUCCUGGAUUGGAGCCAAAGUUUGAACUUAAUGAUUGUGAAAGCCUGAGUCAUGCUCCAAUUCUCCCAGUAGAUAUUGAGAACGUGGGAGAAGCUACUAAGGAAGUGAAUCCUUUAGCGUCAGAUGCAGUGAAUAAUGCAAGUGAAAAUGCUAAGGUCACAUCGGAAAGUGUGAAGGAAAAUGGUGAUUCGAAUCUUUGUGCUGGGGAAACUGCUGGGAAUGAAGCAAAUCAGCACAAAAUUCAUAAUGAAAAUGCAGGAACAAGUAUUGAAAGGAAAACUGAUGGUGAUAGAACUUUCAGCAUUCUGAUAAGGGGGAGAAGAAACCGAAAGCAGACUUUGAGAAUGCCAAUAAGUUUACUAAAUCGACCAUAUGGCUCUCAGUCUUUUAAAGUCGUAUAUAACAGAGUGAUAAGAGGGAGUUAAAUUCCACAAAUCAUUAGCAUUGUUUCAACUCUAGAUUUGACAGCUUAUGCCACAUAAUCGUGGUUUUGCUACUCUUCCCAAACAAGCUUUGCAAGAUUGUUGCGAUCAAAGUCGCAGGGGUCUACCUCCAGUUCUCCAUAUCCCGAAAACAAACAAAAGUAUCUUCAAAAUUGAUACCAAUGUUCUCAAAUUUCUCUGCCUUGAUAUUUUUCUGACUACACUAUGAUGCGGAAACAUGCAGGUUUGUGUCUAGAAAUCUACUUUUUUGGGGAUUCAAUAGGCAUCUUUGAGUUCUUUUGUGAUUUCCAAUAGCACGACUUGAAAAACAAUUGAUUUAAACAACACUCGUGCAUAAGGUUCCUGCAAUGGGAGGGGUCGGGGACAUUCAAGAUGUAUGCAGACUUUACUUCCGCAUAAUACGUGAAGAGACUGUAAAAGACUAAUUAGUUAUUGGUUAUUGACAUCUUCAGACAAGGCUCGGAUGAUGAUAACGAUACAUUGACAUUUUGUUUAACUGAGUUUGCCAUGUUUUUCUUGUUAAUGCAACAAUCUUGAAGAAAGGAAGCACGAAGACCCUUUUAGUAUAUUUUCUUUCUAUCUAUGAAAAUCCCUUCAAUUUACU